CUUUAGCCCUCCCAUUUUCUCACCAAGAGCCAAAGCUGAGACACAGCAACAGUGCGCCAAAGCAGGCAAUCGCUGAAGAGUGGGUGAACUUUUUUUGUCCAUAUUGUUUUUCUCAAGGUCCACUCUCUCAGGACAAAUAUGCUUCACCUGACAGCAGGACGAGUCGGGGGCUUGUUUUCCAGGCGCGCGGUGGCGGGACUGACCAACAGUGGUGCGAGGAUGUCAAGCCACCACGAGGUAUCUGACCAGGUGGACAUGUCCCAGCCAAUGUACUGGGAUCGUCUGGACACCCCUCUGCCAGACAGAGCAUGGAUUGAUGUCCUUGAUUCUAAGGAUAAGAGCCUGAAACAGAAGGAGAAGGGGCCAUGGACUGCACUGUCCAAGGAGGAAAAAAUUGCCUUGUACAGGCUGAAGUUCAACCACACCUACCCUGAGAUGAAGAAGCCGUCCCAUGAGUGGAAGACCGUGAUUGGUGGGAUGUUCAUCUUCUUUGGCAUCACUGGUCUGGUGGUGUUUUGGCAGGGCCACUAUGUGUACCCACCUCAACCUCACACUUUUGGUGAGGAGUGGCAGGCUAAGCAGAUCCAGAGGAUGCUGGACAUGCGGGUCAACCCAAUUGAGGGCUUUUCUGCCAAGUGGGACUACAAGAACAAACAAUGGAAGUAAAUGAAGUAAUGUAAUGGACGGGAUACUGUCCUGAAAUGAGGAGCGGUUGGACUUGACAACACCUUGAGCCUCUGUUUAGCCAACAGCCUCUCCUUCCACCAUAGCUACCCAUCUGAAUCCAUCCCCAUACUGUUUAAGUAAAAACUUACAAAAAUC